AUGGUAUUUUGCGAUCACUGUCAAAGAUGGUAUCAUUUCGGUUGUGCAGGUGUUAAAGACGACGUACGCAACAAUUCCUGGAGUUGUCCGGAUUGCGAAGCAUGUGAGUCGGAUGUUGCUGAUUCGUCUAAGCUUCAGAAAGAACUGGAACCGUUAGAGGAGGUGAAGAAAAAACAAAAACGGAAAAUUGAAAGAGAGAUGAUUUUGCACCGGAAGAGACUGCAAAUGCAGCAGGAAUUGCUUGAUAUGCGUCAGCAGCUGGAACGGGAGAAGCGGAAUAUGGAAUUGGAGUUUGAGAAGGCGCAGUUGGAAAAGAAAAUUGCGGAAGAAGAAGAGCGUCAGAAGAAUCUGAACAAAAUGCGGUCUUAUAUGAAUGAAAAGUUGAAAUUGUUGAAACUGAAGCGAACUGUUGAAAGUGAUGUUGGAGAGUUGCAGAGCAAUAAAGAAUCUGCCGUCGGGCGUGUAGAGAAGGAAGGCUCAAAGGAGAAAAGUCAAAACAGAACAAUAGCGGAGAAAGCGAAAGCAGGAAAAGUAGAGCUCGAGAAUAAAAGUCGAGAAAAGGAAAGCCGGAAUUUGCUGAUCCGAUAUUAA